AUGGCUGCACACACAGUUCAGUUCAGCAAUGCCUUUGCUGCACUUCCGUCGACGGCUCCCGCCAACCACCCUCACCUCAUCGACCUCGCUACCUACACCCCGCCACAUGCAAACAGGCAGACAAACAUGAAGCUCCCAGAUGCUAUAGUUACUAUGCUCCACCAGAUCUCCCCGACUGCUCUGGGCGACUUCUUGGAUCCAAACAAGGCUUCAUUCAGAUUGAUCCAGACCUUCAAGGACAAGCGCGAGACCGAAAAGUUGGUCAUCGCAAAGAACGGCGACAAAGUCUUAGUUGGUGUCUUCACUGAGCACGCCGAACAAGGCGGCUGCUUCGAGUUCGACAAUCUCGUCCACUUCACCGUCGCUCAGGACGGCAGCUGGGAUAUCACGUACAUGUCGUACCGUGAUUACUUCCGCCGCAAUUGGGCUUACGUGUGGGCGGGACAGACCGUGGACUUGGGCUUCGGAUUUUGUAACAUGAAGGCUACACCUCUUAGCGAUCCGGUAGACUGUUGGAAUCUCCUGCCGUUCCAACUGGCGGACAAUAUCAUGACGAACUGUCUUUGGGAUGCGCUCGAAGGCAGACAGAAGCGGAUACAGGGAACGAUCAUUGCCAUGAGCUGA